AUGCUCUUCUCAGGCGAAUUCCACCCCUUCCGUCUCCCAGUCCCAGGGCUGUGGCUCGACGUGUUCCAAAAGAUCAAAAGCAUGGGCUUCAACGGCGUCUCCUUCUACACCGACUGGAAUCUCCUCGAGGGCAACCCCGGUCACAUUUUCACGGAAGGGAUUUGGAGUCUGGAGCGCUUCUUCGAGGCUGCCAGUGAAGCAGGCAUAUACCUCAUCGCCCGACCCGGUCCGUACAUCAACGCAGAAGUCACGGCAGGCGGCAUUCCCGGUUGGGUCUUACGCAUCAACGCAACAAUUCGCUGCGAUGACCCUGAAUACCUCAACGCAACGACGAAGUAUAUGUCUACCGUGGCAAACGUGAUUGAGAGAGCACAGAUUACUCAUGGCGGCCCAGUCGUCCUGGUGCAGCCGGAAAAUGAAUAUGCUACCUGGCCCGACGUUUCGGAGGCGGAUUUCCCGACAACGAUGAAUCGGGAGUACAUGUAUCAUGUCGAAAAGCAGCUGCUUGACGCUGGGAUAACUGUUCCGCUUAUUGUGAAUGAUAACAAAGCGCUGGGAUACUGGGCUCCAGGGUCUGGCCUUGGAGCGAUGGAUAUUUAUGGAAUUGACGCGUAUCCCUUGCGUUACGAUUGUGGAAAUCCAACAUUCUGGCCGACGUAUCGAUUUCCCUACAACUGGCAGGUUCUUCAUGAGGAACAGAGCCCGAAGACCCCCUUCGCCAUUGCCGAGUUCCAGGGCGGAUCUGGAGGAGGCUGGUACAAUUGCAACCUUCCCCUUUGCUUUGACCGAGACUUACUUCGAAACAGGGAAGGCGUUGUGGAAGAAAAGUGUGCAGAACUAGUCAAUGAAGAAGCUGUUCGCGUCGUUUACAAGAACAACUACGGUUUUGGGGUCAAGAUAUUCAACAUCUACAUGACAUACGGCGGCACCAACUGGGGCAACCUAGGCUACCAGGGCGGCUAUACCUCCUACGACUACGGCGCAGCAAUUACAGAGAACAGAGAAAUAUUCCGCGAAAAGUACAGCGAGCAAAAACUGGAAGCGAACUUCCUAAAAGCAUCACCAGCAUACCUGACAGCGACACCAGAGCCGGGCAUCAACGGUUCCUACGGCGUCCCGGAACCAAUCGCGGUAACGCCGCUUCGUGGCAACAGCACGCAAACCAACUUCUACCUGAUCCGACAUGCCAACUUCAGCUCCCUGUCAAGCACAGAAUAUACCCUUGAACUUCCGACAAGCAUCGGAAACAUCACCAUACCUCAGCUGGGAGGCAACCUCGUGCUCAAUAGGCGAGAUUCUAAAUUCCACGUCACGGAUUACGAUCUCGGCGGCGUUAACCUGAUCUACACUACCGCAGAGAUAUUGACACGGGCGCGCGGGACCGGAUCAGCACGUGUGCUGAUUCUUCAUGGUGGAUCCGGCGAGACACAUGAGUUUGCCUUGCAUCGUCGUCUUGGGAAUCCGACUGUUGCUGAGGGUUCUGAUGUGACUAUCACAUUGAAAGAUGAGGCGUACGUAGUACAAUGGCAUGUCAAGCCCCAACGCCGUGUCAUUCGCGUGUCGAAUGUGGAAAUAUAUCUCCUUUGGCGGAAUGAAGCGUAUGCUUACUGGCCGAUGGAACUUGAAGCUGCAGCACCGAUUGGUAAUUACACGUCGCCAUCCAAGGAUGUUGCCGUUAUCAAGGGUGGAUAUCUCAUUCGUUCCGUUCAGAUUACGCACAACGAGAUCAGACUCGUGGGAGAUGUGAAUACCACUACGGAGAUCGAAGUUGUCUCCACCCCGACGAAGAACUUGAACAAGAUCGUCUUCAAUGGGGAAAGUCUGCAGACGUCACGAUCAAAGCUGGGAAAACUCACAGCAACCGUCGCAUACAAGUACCCAGCGCUGAAAAUCCCCGAUCUGGUCAACCUAGAAUGGAAGUUCAUCAAUUCCCUACCUGAGAUCGAUCCCUCAUACGACGACUCAGCUUGGACAUCCUGCACGAAGCAGAGCACCAACAACCCCCGACAACUAAACACCCCGACAAACAUGUAUUCCAUGGACUACGGGUUUCACACCGGAUCCCUCCUUUACCGCGGCCACUUCGUCGCAAAUGGCCUGGAGACAUCACUGUCCCUAAACGUAUCCGGCGGAACCGGUUUCGGACACUCCGUCUGGCUGAAUCGUACCUUCCUCGGAUCCUGGACCGGCGCAGGCUCAAACACCACCACCGUUCAAGAAUUCGCAUUCGCAAAUCUUACCCUUGAUCAGCCGUACGUCCUAACCGUACUGAUCGACGAUAUGGGUCAAGACGAGGAAGCGCCAGGUACAGAUGCGAUUAAAUUUCCCCACGGGAUCUUCAAUUAUGAGCUGUCACACCAUCUGAAGUCUGAUAUAUCGUGGAAGAUGACUGGAAACCUUGGUGGGGAGCAGUAUGCAGAUCUAGUUCGGGGCCCACGGAAUGAAGGCGCGAUGUACGCUGAACGACAGGGGUAUCACUACCCGGAGCCACCGGAUGCAAGCUGGAAAUCAUUUAAUCCUAUCAAGGAUGGACUGUCUGAAGCAGGGGUUGGAUUUUUCACGACCUCCUUCAGUCUCGAUAUUCCGCUGGGCUGGGAUGUCCCCAUGAGCUUUGUGUUCAAUCAGUCUUCUGCGGGUACCACGGGAUUGAAUUAUCGAUGCCAAUUAUUUGUUAAUGGGUACCAGUUUGGCAAAUACAGUAAGUGGUUCAUUUAUCGAUUCAUUGGACAUAGACUAAUAUGUUGCAGUCAAUAA